UUCAGGUCGCUAACGUACCGCGAAUUGGUACGCGCGACAGGUUCCAAUCAGAAAUUAUGAAUCCUGUGGAACUUUUGUCUAAUCUCUAUGCACUGAGACAGUUAUAUGGACUCCUUCAAAAUGGGGAAGAUGGCUUCGAACGUAUAAAUUCAAACAAUGUGGGCAAAGCUUUGGAUGUGAGAGCGCAACAACUAUUAAAAGAUCUUCUGGAUGACGCUACUGACAAGAUUUUGAAUACUCAUUCAAAGAUCACAGCAGCUCGAUCAGGUUUUGAUAGCACACCCUGCUCUUCUCAAGCAGAGCAACCCAAGGCGGUGCCUAAGCUAAAUUCUGUUUUGCCAGCAACAGUAAAAUCACCUCUUGAUACUGUCCUGAAUUAUGGAAAGGAUUCUAAAAGCUGCAAGAUCACUUCAAAAACGGAUGAGCUGUCACCUAAGAAGCCCGAGGGAGCAAGUCCAGAGUCUAAAAUGAGCACCUCAACAGACCUACCUGAAUACAAAAGGAAACGGUGCCGGAUCUGCUUAGAAAGCAAUCUGAACAAACAGUACUCAGCCAAGGAGUCAAAAAUCUCAAAUGAGAAAGCCAAGGUACCUGGCAAAAACAGUCAGAUUCAAGAUCAGCGGCACGAUUGGCUUAGUCAUCUGAAUCGUAUUGAUGAGCAUGCUAAAAGACUACAAAAAUCGAAUGGCAUUGGUGAAACUCUUGGUAAUCCAAGCAUUGAUAGUUUGGGUGCUUGUUCCUCAGUCUCUCCAACAAGGGAUGGCAAGCAAGAACUUGGUCUGAUAAAGGAAAAGUCAGACGAGGCUAGUGAUUACUCUAAAGUUGUCACAAAUGCAAUCAAACAAAUUGAGUCCGGAAUUUUGGCUUUGCAAUUGAGUUCUACUGACUUGGCGGAUUCUUUCGAUAAUGAUGUUGAUGUUUCAGUUAGUCCUACUCCUAUAGUACACACAGAAGAGCAGGUAGUUGGUACUAGUACUAGAAGAGAUCAGCCGAGUGAUAGGAGCGAGUCAUUGUCUUUGUUAGGUGGAACUGAGCUGCUAACUUGUCCGGCAAGUCAACUACUGUCUCAAAAGCAUGAGAAUCCAACUGGGAAGUUUGCUUCUAGGGGACAUGAAUCUUUAAAGGCCAUUAUGGAGAGAUUUGAAUCUCUUAGUCAACCAGUGAAUCAGAAUUUUAAGAUGGCAAGUUAUGUUAAUGGGCUAAGGGUCCCCCCAACUCCAACUCAGGAUGAGGUAGAUAUGAAGCCUGCCAUGCAAGUGAAGACGGAUCAAACAUCUCAAAUCAGUCUGGGGACAAAUCCACCAAUGAGGAGCAAAAAGAUCGCAAGAUCUAAACCGUCCAUGCCACCUCAGUCGAGGGGGUCCAAAGCUUCUUCAGUUGGACUUGGACCUGGCAAGAAGUUGAAUCAGAAGCGGACAAGAAAAACAACGAGACCUCGUAAUCAGAUGAUCAUGAAGCCAGUUCUGUUAGAUGAACACAAGUCCAGUGAGAGGAGAGGGAGCUACAGGAUGUCUUAUGUGGGCCAACAGAACAAGGUCAUGCCACGCAAGCAAGUAUUGGAAGAGGAGACUAGCUCAAGUACCUCAAAGUCCCAAACAUGGUCAACCAGUGAGCAAACUGAAACUGAAAGCAGCGCCAGUAGUAAUGAAUAUUCUAAGGAGGAUUACUGGAGUCCAAGUCAGUCUUCAAGACGUACGCGUGACAUUCAUAUGAGAAGUGGACAAAGGUCGAUAAGAGUGACGACACAAGAUAGUAGUUCACUAAUUAAUAGCUGUUGCUCCUCCUCCUCCCCAUCAGAGGGUCUCUAUAGCCAUAAAAGAUUACAAACGGACAAGCCCGUUGGACGGUUAAGGAAGCUCAAGAACAAGUUGGGACUCAUCUUUCACCACCAUCACCACCACCACCACCAUCAUCAUGGAAAUGUUAACAGUGAUGAUGAUCACGGCCAUUCUACAUGGAAACACCUACGGAAGAUGAUGUUGCAGGGCCAAAAAGCCAAGCAGGGCAGUGAUGGUCAUCAAGGAGGAGAAAGAGGAGGGGUCAAAAAAUCGUUGUUGAAACUGAAAACCAUGUCACAUAAUAAUAAGAAGCAGCAGCAGGGGCAUUUUCAUGCACUGGCGGAAGGGCUGUUGAGGCACGUUAGGCAUUCAAAGAAAUCAAAUAAGUUGUCGAAAGGAGGUGGGAUUGGACGGUUGAGACAUGGCCCUCAUCAAUCUCAUCAUCUUGGCCACGGCCGCCUUAAUAAGAAGAACAAGCUGCAUUGGUGGCACAUGUUUCGGCGACACGGUGGAGUGAAGCUGCCUAAGGCUAAAAGAGGGCGUAUAAAAUUGGGAUUUACCACUAAAAGACGUCCAAAGCUAAAAAUGAAGUAAUUAGUUAAAGCAUGUUGUAAUUAAGUGUAAGAGUAAAUAGAAAUAUAUGAGUAAUUGGUUAUCCUUUUGUAUGAUAUACUACCACUCUACAUAUUGCACCUCAUGUUUUA